AUGUCUAUAUUAAAUGAGACAGAUUCAAGCUCUGUAUACUGUGAUUUCGAAGAUGAUGAUUCGCUUACGAUGAACGAGCUUCCUUCGUUCGCGAUCCCCAAGUUUCCAGUUCCGUCUUCGCCUGAAUACUCAAGCAAAAAUCCAGAAAGCUCUCCAAUUAAAAAACUAUUAAAGAAAGUUCGUAAAAGUCAGUCGCUUCCUAUACUUGAAAGCUCCUCUGCGACAACCACAGACUCCGAUUCGUCUAGUUUAUCACUCCAUUCAUUUGGGAAGUCCUUUAGAAGAGUGAAGAGCUUCUUGGGUUUGACAAAAAAAACAGAAGAAUUUAUAAAUCCGUACUACUUCCAACGCAAACCCAAGCUUCAUGAGACAGACUUUUAUGAUAUAGAGUCCUUGCUACAUUUUACAGAGGACCUAGAUGCUACAUCAGCUCCCAUGGAAUGGAAACAAAGAUAUGAGUUGAUGAAGCAAACAAGGUCAUCUUAUCGUUCUCAAGAUUACCAGGCGAUGCACUCCAUUGGUAUAUUUUCUUUAGAAGCACUUCAGCUAAGUGAAGAUGAUUCAUCUUCAUCUUCUUUAUUCAGUUGA